CCAGCUCUGGCUGAUCACUACCUGGCCCCGUUGUCAUGGGGACGUCUUUUCGCUCCAAGGCCCGCCUUCAGGGUGGUGCCGGCUCUUGGCCCCGCCCCUCUUAUAAUUCUAAGUCCGCUCGGGGAAAGACUGCUUCCGGUGCUUCUGUGACUCUGCCGGGCAGAAUGGCCGCAAAGCGGCCUUUGCGGGUUUUGUGUCUGGCGGGCUUUCGGCAGAGUGAGCUAGGCUUCCGCGAGAAGACUGGCGCACUGAGGAAAGCGCUGCGGGGCCGCGCCGAGCUCGUGUGCCUCAGUGGACCGCACCCCGUCCCCAACACGGUGGGCCCCAAGGGUGCUGGCCCAGACUCCGGGCCCUGCCCUUCGGAGGAGCAGCCUCGAGGCUGGUGGUUUUCAGAGGAGGCAGAUGUUUUCUCAGCACUGGAAGAGCCCACAGUGUGCAGGGGUCUGGAGGAAGCCCUGGAAACGGUGGCACAGGCACUGAACAAGUUAGGCCCUUUUGAUGGGCUCCUUGGUUUCAGCCAGGGUGCUGCACUAGCAGCCCUUGUGUGUGCCCUGGGCCAGGCCGGAGAUCCCCGCUUCCCUUUGCUGAGAUUUAUCAUCUUGGUGUCUGGUUUCUGUCCCCGAGGCCUUGGCCUGAAGGAAUCCAUCCUGCAGGGCCCUUUGUCACUGCCUUCACUCCAUGUUUUUGGGGACACUGACCGAGUCAUCCCUUCUCAGGAGAGUAUGCAUCUGGCAAGCAGAUUCCCUGGAGCCAUCACCCUCACCCACUCUGGUGGCCACUUCAUUCCAGUGUCUGCAUCCCAGCGCCAGGCCUACCUCAAGUUCUUGGACCAGUUUGCAGAGUGAAAGAUCAACAGACAUCUCUACCUGUCCAUCCCUACUUGAAGCAGCCUCUGUGAUCUGUGCCCUCUCCAGGAACCUCUGCCGCUUUUAAAAGUUUCUCACUACAGCCAGCUAAGAGACAAUUGUUAAUUCUCAGGACUCAAAUUUUAUGAGCCCUGUCCUGUAUUUGAGAAAAGGGGGUCAGAAAGCCUUAAUGGACUUUUCCCUUGACUUCUGAUAAACAUGGCUAGAGAACUCUGGAUGAUUGGAGGGUUACAUGGGAAAAGCAGUGCCACACAAUAAAGUGGUAAAUUGGA